GGGAACCAUUGUGCGGGGAAGGCGGACAGGGGCCAAGAUGGCGGCGAGGCGCGGGCUGUCGGCGCUCGGGCUGUGCCUGGCGAUGGCUAUGGCGGUGGCGCGGCUCCUGGGGGCGGCCGCGGGGCUGCUCAACGUGCAGGAGCUUCACGAGAUGAAAUACGGCAUCGAGAUCCUGUCCGAGCCCGUCAUCAGGGGCCAGUCUAAAUCCGACGAUGUCGUAAUAGUUUCUUCAAAAUACAAGCAGUUAUAUGAGUGUCGGUUACCGGCUCAAGCCAUGAAAUUUCAGCAAGACGCUGAAGAUGAAGGGCAGUCCUAUACGGGGCUGGGAGUCGCUGAGCUAUUAAAGCCUAUGGAUGCAGCACCUUGUCUUAUAAAGACCAAAGAUUGGUGGACGUAUGAAUUUUGCUACGGACAGUAUAUCAAGCAGUAUCACAUAGAAGAUUCUGAAGUUAAAGGAGAAGUUCUAUAUCUUGGAAUUUACGAAUCGGAGUUUGACUGGAAUAAUGAAACUGCUAAGGCUUCAAAGCAACACAAGCUGAAGCGGUAUCACAGCCAGACCUACGUGAACGGAUCAAAGUGUGACCUGAACGAGAAGCCAAGAGAGGCAGAAGUCAGGUUCCUGUGUGAGGAGGGAUCCGGAGAUUACUUGGCUCGAGUGGAUGAGCCCCAGUCGUGCAGUUAUGUCCUGACGGUUCACACCACUCGCAUCUGCCACCACCCCUAUCUGCGCUCCCCUGUGGCCUCCAAACCCCAGCCCAUUAAAUGUCAGCCUGCCCUCAGCCCAGAGCAGUACGUGGAGUAUGUCAAGGCCCAAGUGUCUGACACGAAACGCAAAGUGGAAAAGAUCUCAGAGGAGCUGAAGACCCUGGAUGAGAUGCUGUUGAAGGACCAGCCAGUUCAGACUGAGGAGGAUCCCCAGAGUGCGGAGGCUGCAGAGGGAGAGAGUCUGACAACAGGAGAGGAACAGGGAGAGAGCCAGGAGAACACAAUGUGGGUGGACGAAGGUGUCCCCUCCGAUUCCCGGGAGAUCGAGGAAGAAUUGUGGGUUGGAGAUGGCAAACAGGAAGUCAGCGAUGGAGCCAUGUCACAGGAGGGAGGGAAUGAAGAGGCAGAGCCAGCUGAGCAGGUAGAGGGUGAAGACCUGGAUGACAGCCUAGAUGAACAAGGGAAACAGAAGAUAAAAUUUCGACUGAUCCGGAAUCCUGAAGACUUUGUGAAGUUUGUCAGAGAAUUAAAAAAGCAAAAUAAAAAGAGGAAAGGUGAGGACCAGGACCUAACCCCAGAGCAAUCUGCGGGAGGCACCGAGGAGCAGAUUGCACACACAUCAACGUUGGAAAGACUGGAAGAAGGAGUUGACGACGAGGAAGGCCAACUCCUCGAAGAGUUUGAGAAGCAACUUCAGGACGUGACUUUACCCAAGUCCAAGAUGUCAGAAAUUAAAAGGGAAGUGAAAGAAGAAAUGGAGAAAGAAAUUGCAACUCUCAUUGAUGAGGCCGAAGGUGAACUUGAAGCAGAAGGUCUGAAAGGGGAAUUUGAUCACAAUCAAGCCACUAAGAGCUUGGCCAGUACUCUGAACAAACUCAUAGAGAAGCUGGAGACUAAAGAGGAAGAAGAGGAGGAGGAGGAGGAGGAGGAGGAAGCUGACCCCACCAGAGGCAGCCCUGGGCGCUCUCCCAAACCUGUCCCAGAAGCUGAUGAAGAGCGAGAGGCACACGUCAAGGUCCGUGUCACCAAAAUCAAUCCUGGCAGCUCACUGCACAAAGAGAUGAGGGUGCGGGAGAUGAGUGGCACAGACCCCCAACUGCGACAGAUCGAGAAUGUGGUGAAAGAACAGCUGGAGAAGGCGGGAUUGAAGGCAGAAGGUAAAAUUGAAGUGAAGAUUGUAACGACUGGAUCACUGGGCGAUGAAGAUGACCUGCACUGGCUGUCCGAGGAAGACACUAAAUCCUUCAGAGAGCUUCUCAUUAACUUACUGACUGGGAGCAAUGACGAGGUCUCCAAAGAGCAGGAAAGGCAGCAACAGCUAGAGGAUAAUUACCGCUUUGUGUGGGGGAAUAGCCAGGAAGACGCACAGUCAGCGAGCACCACAGACUCUGAUGACAUGGACUUCUAGACUCUGGACUGAAGGGAAACAUCUCCCAGUGUUGGUACACACAAAAAUCAUUUGCACUUUGCCAUGUGUCGUGGCACAUUUGCUGUGAUCACUGAUCAGCAAGGAUAAUAAAUGGACCUGCAGAAUAACGGUCAGAAAUGUUGUAUUUUUAUUGAUAAGUUAAAGCGACAUUUUUUCCCGGUGUUCACAUAUAUGUAUAUAAAAUAUAUAUUUACAUCUACAUUUGGGAUGACAGUGCCUUUGGGACGUAUAUAAUAUAUAUACUAUAUAUAUAUAUAUAUAAAAUGCAGUCUUUUAUUGAGGUUUUAUUCUUUUGGAAGUGGGUGAACAAUAGUGCAUCUGUUUGUGUUGUGUGUGUAUGUGUGGGGGUGGGGUGGGGGGGAGGAUUUUGCUUCGAUCUUAUGAAUGUAUUUCUUAGUGUUGAGCUAGACCACUAGAAUGGAGACUGUGCAACACUGCUCACCUGCAGACCCUGUCCCCCUGGAGGGACUGACUGCUCUUUGACCACGUGGAGAUCACUACCUGAUGGGACUGUGCUUGUCAUCUCUCGGAGGUGUUGGUUCCUGGGGUUCCGAGACGUUGCUGCUCCAACUAAUUGGUCGUUCGUUCGUUGGUUCCUCCCGUGGGGACGAGGCAGGAGUGAGGACCGGGGGAACCCAGCUGUGGAGCGUGCCAAGCCUGGUCCAGCCCACCCAACAACCAGCACACGUGCACUUUCCAGCAGGGAUUCUGCAUUCAGAAACGAGAACUGUGGCUGAGGAUCUUACCCUGUGUCGCCCAAGGCCAAUUGGGGCUGCGUGGCCUACAUCACACAAACUGCAUGCAUCCUCUUGUCUGAUGUUAGAGUUGGGAGUCCAUCUCCUGGAGGAAGGGAGCUUCCUAAUCUCUCGCCAGGCUUGUGUUCACGUUGAUGUCUCUCUCACUCGUUGGUGAUCGAAUGUAACACUUGAAAACUGCAGAGGAAAGAAACCUCCGCGUCCUUCAAACCUGUGAUUUGAACAGCCAGACGCCAAGCCUGAGACCCAUCAAAUCGGUGACUGGGAGACGUUAACAGAUGCCAAAUAUGCUCUUCAUCUGGUUUCCAUGCUUACAAGUGAAGGCAUUCCUUAUUAUCAAUCCAACAGUGAAUGAAUUGCUGCUAACUCUGUGGCCAACCUGUAUAUCACGGCUAAAUUACAAUACUAUUAGCUGCUGGAUGUUCACAGGUGGCCAGUAAGUGUUUUGUUCUUAUCUGUGUACACUUCAAUCAGUGUCUUAUCCUCUUAUUAAUUUGUGUUCCUUGUUUGUUUUUUGUCCCAGCUGCUUUGUGAAUCAAAAUGUGGACUUGCUUUGCGAUUUUAUUAUUAUGAUGAUGAUUGUGAUUGAUAAUCAGCAUCCCGUAAUGACACUUUGCCACGACUGGGAGAACAAAAGGCCUUGGAGGGGAAAAAAUGCAAAGAAAAAAAAACUGGUUAUCUUUCUCAAAGGUUUCUGAAAUAUUUGGGCAACACUGUGAUUCGAUGUUUAAUAAAGAGCAGUCUCCAGCUGA